GCUUGUUUUUAAAGAUCUUCUGAUGCAAUAAUUUAAAAAUUGUUUAAUAUUUUGAUUUUAGUUAGUGGUGUUAUCUUGUUCGAGUGAAUUUCGAAACAAAACAAAAAAAAAGGUGAUCAAUCAAAAUGGCCGAUAAUAAUAAUCAACAACCCAAUGCUGAUGGCGAUCAAACAACGCCACAACCAACCAAAAUAAAAUCUGAAAAAGAAUUGAAAAAAGAAGCUGCGAAACAAGCAAAAUUGGAAAAAUUCAAAGCAAAACAAGAAAAAUUGGAACAGGAAAAAAAGAUUAAAGCUGAAUCGGAUCUGGAAGCAAGUCGUAAAGAAAAAAAGAAGAAAGAAAAAACUAUUGUAACAUAUGAACGAUCGAUACCUAAAGGCGAAAAGAAAGAUGUUAGUUCGGAUCCAAUGCCCGAUGCUUAUUCCCCGAAAUAUGUCGAAGCUGUUUGGUAUGAUUGGUGGGUAAAAUCAGGAUUUUUCAAACCUGAAUACCGAAAUCCGAAUAUUUUGACACCAAAUCCUCGUGGCCGUUUUGUUAUGGUUAUACCACCACCAAAUGUUACUGGUUACCUACAUCUUGGUCAUGCAUUGACCAAUGCUAUCGAAGAUUGUCUUACUCGUUGGCAUCGAAUGUCAGGUCGUACAACAUUGUGGAAUCCAGGUUGUGAUCAUGCCGGAAUCUCAACACAGAUUGUUGUCGAGAAAAAAUUAUGGCGUGAACGAAAAUUAACUCGUCAUGAUCUUGGUCGUGAAAAAUUUGUUGAAGAAGUUUGGAAAUGGAAAAACGAAAAAGGUGAUCAUAUUUAUGAACAAUUAAAAUUUCUUGGCGUUUCAGUUGAUUGGGAUCGAGCUGUGUUUACUAUGGAUCCAAAAAUGUGUCGUUCAGUAAUCGAAGCUUUUGUUCGUCUUCAUGAACGUAAACUUAUCUAUCGAUCCAAACGAAUGGUAAACUGGUGUUGUACAUUACGUUCAGUCAUAUCGGAUAUUGAAGUAAAACAUUUAGAACUGACCGGUCGUACGUUUUUAUCAGUUCCAAAUUAUGAAAAUAAAAUCGAAUUUGGUGUAUUGCAUAACUUUGCCUAUCCUGUCGAUGAACCUGAUCCAGAUGGUCCUAAAGAAGUGGUCGUAGCCACAACUCGUAUCGAAACCAUGUUAGGUGAUACGGCCGUUCUUGUUCAUCCGAAUGAUGCACGUUAUAAAUCUUUACAUGGUAAAUUUGUACGCCAUCCUUUUGUUGAUCGUAAACUUCCUAUCGUAUUGGAUGAAUACGUGGAUAUGGAUUUCGGUACUGGUGCUAUGAAAGUCACUCCAGCUCAUGAUAACAACGAUUAUAUUAUCGGAGAACGUCAUCAAAUGCCUUUGGUGGUAAUGCUUACAGAUGAAGGUUUUAUUGCACCUGGCUAUGGCCAAUUUUCUGGCAUGAAACGUUUCGAUUGUCGUAAAGCUAUUAUCGAUGAAUUGACCAAACUUGAUUUGUACAGAGGCUGGCAAGACAAUAAAAUGGUCGUACCUCAAUGUGAACGUUCCAAGGAUAUAAUCGAACCAAUGGUUAAAUUUCAAUGGUAUAUUGAUUGUCAAGAUAUUGCUAAACGAGCAAUGGAAGUAGUUGCCACCAAUCAACUUCGUCUUAUUCCUUCGAAUCAUGUCUACUUUUGGAACAGAUGGAUGUCGAAUAUUCAAGAUUGGUGCAUAUCACGUCAAAACUGGUGGGGUCAUCGAAUUCCGGUAUAUUUUGCUCAGGUGAAAGGCCAACCAUUGGAUGAUAGUGAUGCAGAAUCUCAACAGCAAAAGCAUUGGUUUUCUGGUCGUAAUCCGGAUGAAGCUCGGCAAAAGGCAGCUGCUGCUUUCAACGUUAGCGAAUCAGAAAUUGAGUUACGACAAGAUGAAGAUGUUCUCGACACCUGGUUCUCUUCAGCUUUGUUUCCAUUCGCUGUGUUUGGUUGGCCCGAACAAACCAAUGAGUUGAAAGCUUUUUAUCCUGGUCAAUUGCUUGAAACUGGUCAAGAUAUUCUGUUUUUUUGGGUGGCACGCAUGGUUAUGAUGAGCUUAUUGCUCAACGACAAACUACCAUUUGAAACUGUCUAUCUUCAUUCGAUCAUUCGUGAUGCACAUGGUCGUAAAAUGUCAAAAUCAUUGGGUAAUGUAAUCGAUCCUUUACAUGUGAUAAAUGGUAUUACGUUAGAGAAUUUGCAUAAAACUGUCUAUGAUUCGAAUCUAAAUGAAUCGGAAGUUGGUCGAGCUAUAGCCGGCCAAAAAGCUGACUUUCCGAAUGGCAUUCCAGAAUGUGGCACUGAUGCUUUACGAUUUGGUUUGCUUGCUUAUACGAUGCAAGGACGUGAUAUUAAUUUGGAUAUUAAGCGAAUUGAAGCAUACCGAAAUUUCUGUAAUAAACUUUGGAAUGCAAUCAAGUUUACGUUGCUUUACUUGAAACAAGAUUUUCGACCAUUACCAGAUAAAAAUCCAUUAACCGGUGAUGAAUCAUUAAUGGAUCGAUGGAUAUUAAGCUGUGUUAAUCAAGUCACACAAUCUAUCAAGAUCGCUUUCGAAGAGUAUCGAUUCGCAGAUCUUACACAGAUCCUAUAUGAUUUUUGGCUUUACAAAUUCUGUAACACCUAUCUAGAAUCGAUAAAACCGGUUUUUCAAAAUGAAACGGAAAAUCCUCGAUCUGCUGAAGCCGCACGUCAAACUUUAUACACUGUAAUGGAUAUUGGUCUACGACUGUUACAUCCAUUAAUGCCAUUCAUCACCGAAGAGUUAUUUCAAAGAUUGCCUCGUCGACCUGAUUUUGAUCCUAUUUCUUUGUGCAUUGCUCCUUAUCCAGAAAUUGAACAAUUCGCAUGGUCACGUGACAUUUCAUUAGAGGCCGAUAUUGAAUUCAUGGAAAAAAUUGUUCAUAAUGUCCGUUCGUUACGAUCCGAAUACAAUCUACUUAAACAAGCCAAAGUAGCUUUGUAUAUACGUUUUGAUGCAAAUAGUGCUGAUCUUGAACAACGAUUACGUCCUUUGUUGAGUACUAUCUCGACAUUGAGUUAUUGCACACCGGUCGAAAUGUUGGAUUCGAAUCAAACCGGUACACCUGCUGGCUGUGCUAUCAUUCCUAUAUCGGACCAUUGUCAAGCUUACAUACAUCUAAAGGGUAUAGUCGAUACAAUUAAAGAAACGGAACGUCUACAAACAAAAUCUAAAAAACUAGAAGAACAAAUGACCAAACUAAUGGAAUCAAUGUCCAUACAAGAUUAUGAUACCAAGGUACCUGUUGAUGUGAAACAAUCGCAUGAAGAUCGUCGAAAACAAUUGACUGGCGAAAUUUCCAAGGUCACAUUGGCUCUAGAAACUUUAUCAUCAAUUGAUUGAUUUUUUAAAUAGUGAAAAUAAUAACUUGAUUAUUUUAUUUUGAA